AUGGUGGCGCUAAUCUCCGCGGAACCCCUGAGCUUCGGCAUCAUCGGAGGUGGCUUCUACGGCUGCCAUAUCGCGACAUCCCUCCGAGCCCUCGGCUUCGAGGUGAAGGUCUUUGAGCAACACACGCGGCUCCUGCAUGAAGCAUCUGGUAACAAUCAGUUUCGACUGCACAUGGGCUUUCACUAUGCGCGACACAGCGAUACACGGAUCCAGUCUCGCGACGGGUUUCUGCGGUUCCUCGAGCGGUAUCCGGGCCUCAGCCGCAGCGUACCAUGCAACACAUACGCCGUGGCAUCGCGGGAGUCCCUCCUAGACUAUGGGACCUAUCGCGCGGUUAUGGCAUCGAGCGGCGUGGAGUUCACGGAGGGGGCACCCAUGGGGGUUGAGCUCGCCAACGUGGCAGGCGUUGUGCGUACGGGGGAGAGGGUGCUGCUGUUGGCCAAGGCGAGGGCGCACUUUGCGGCUGAGCUGGCGGGUGUGCUCGCGUUAGGACAGGCCGUGUCGAGCAUCGUGGACACGGGAGCCGGAGUCUUCAUUGACGGGGAGCGGUUCGACUACGGGGUUGAUGCGACAUGGGGACACCUCGCGAGGCCGCCGGGGAUCGAGGUCGUGUACGAGCCGACAUUGCUGCUAUACUAUGAGGGCCCCGUGGAUUUCCCAGCCGUCACGCUCGUCGACGGCCCGUUGUGCUCGGUGUACCCAACAGAAGAGCCGGGCCUCUUCACGCUGUCAAGUGUACCGCACACGCCGCUGGGUCAGUUCCUGUGCCCCCACGAAGCGAGGGCGGCGCGCGACAGGGUGGCGGCAGCGCCCGAAGUCAUCGCAGCCAAGAGAGCAAUCAUGGAGGAGCAGGUGGCGCGAUACGUGCCCUCGUUCGCCAAUACCUUCCGCUACGUCGGCCCUCAGCUGGCCAUCAAGACCAAGCCUUGCGGGGCGUGGGAUGACCGCAGCUGCCAGGUGGUGCGUCGGGGGCGGAUGCUGUCGGUGCUCUCUGGCAAAAUCGACACCGUCUUCUUCGCCAUGGAGAGAAUCGUGGCCCUGGUUGAGGAGGCACAAGCGGCGGCUGGGCUAGAGGAUGCGGUAUCGUCAUUGCGGGCGGACAUCGCCCUGAUCAACGGGCGGGCUGGUGUGAAUGGUGCGGAUGAGGACGGGCUGCGAGAGCGUCUGUGA